AUGCGGCAGUCCUUCUACAGCCUUGGACCGUACUGGGAAGCCGCCGGCGCGCUGGAGGCGCUGCGGCUGGACGGCGACGAGUACUGGGGUCGGCCACUGCGGGUGGAGCUCAAGCGCGACGUGGACGCGAGGUCUGGAGCCGAGGCGUUCGUGAGCGGUCUGCGGCCAGGCACGAGCGAGGAGGCGGUGCGGGAGUUCUUCCGCGGGUGCGGGGAGAUCUUGUCGGCGAGAUUACCGAAGGACCAGGACAACAGGUCCAAGGGCGUGGCCUUCAUCACCUUCCUGUCAGAGGCGGCGCUGUCCAGCGCCCUCGGGCUCAGCGGGAAACUGCUGGACGGGCGCGAGCUCACUGUGGGCAAGGCCAGGAGGAUGGACCAGCCGAAGGGCGCGAAGGGCUCCAAGGGCGGCCGCUCGAAGAACGGCGGGGCCAAGGGCGGGGGGAAGGAGAAGGGCAAGCGUGAUGGCAAGGGCUCCGGCAAGGGCAGGGGCGGCAAGGGGGGCCGGAGCGACCGUUGA